CCAUAAAGCACCCGCGGCUCUGCGCGCACCGCUGUCAUCGCGCGCUGCGGAGGUGCGGAGGCGCCGUGCGUGUAGUUCAGCGCGGGCCAGACAGCUCGUGAGCGCUGCGCGGGCCACCACCGGAAUGCUUCACCGACCUCCCUUGCUUUGUCUAUUCCAAUUGAGUGGUUUUUUUUAUUUUAUUUUGUUUUUGUUGACACAACAGAGGGACUCUUCGCAGUAGAGCAGCGCGCGGCGGGGUUAUCAUGAGUUGCAUGGAUGUUAUGCAUCCGGUUUACGGACAUUACGCACCGCACACGUCUGCAACCCCCGCGUGCAUCAGCAGUUUGCCGACUCCUGGCGUGAGAAACCCGUCGUCUCGUCUCAGGGACCUUAUGGACACCUCGGGCCCAGAUGGCGUCUCGGUGUUGGGGGUGAGCUCCGUCUCGGGGGCCCUGUCCUCCUCGCCGGCGUGUCCCCCCGGCGGGCUGAAGGACAAGCGCGACCUGGGGGAGGCGGAGUAUCUCAGCUCGCGCUGCGUCCUCUUCACCUACUACCAGGGCGACAUCGGCAGCGUAGUGGACGAGCACUUCUCCAGAGCGCUCGGCUCGUGCACGGAGGAAGGAGGCAAGAGGAGAGGCAGCGGACCCAGCACAGCUCCGUCUCUCAGCAGUCGGAGGAGUUUCCCCCCUUCCUUCUGGGACAGUAAUUACCCCUCUCGCCCCAGCCGAGCCCCCUGUGACGCAGCAGGCAUGCCUGCGUACUCCGUGGACCCCUACACACCGACCCUUCACUCGGCCAUACCUCACGCGCAUCCUCACGCGCAUCCUCACGCGCACCCGUCAGACUCCUGGGGUUACCCGCAGAACCAAGCAUACGGGCCCCCCAGACCCCUUCAUGAACUGUACUCCCCUCCGGGGCUGGAGCCGCACUAUAGCCCGCUGCUCAUGCCUGCCGUCAGGCCUCCCCACAUACCCGCGCUGCCGGGCCAUUACGAGGUGGGCAAACUGGAGCAUACGCCCACGUGGCCCGGCCUUCUUCCACCAGGGGAUGUGGCUCUGGCGCUCAACAUGGACCCAGGUAAGCGGAGACCUCUCAAGAUAGUGUACACCAAAGAACCCACCUCCCAGAACACCUACUCAGAAUCCUAGAAGCUUAGGAUCUGGAGCCGUUUGAGAAUUGAGUUCUGAACCCGAGAUGUAAGCUUAUAUCAAGCUUGAGAUCCGUCAUUCCUGCACUGCUUGGUGCAGACACUACUAUUUCACACUCAUUAUUACCUUAACGCAGAGUCUCACAGCCUUGCAAAGACAAAUCUAGAAUAUUCUCCAGUAUAAACACAGCUCACCCGGUUGCUCUGCACUGCAAACCUUAACAGGGAGGUUUUUACUCUCUCUAAUUACCCCAGAGAAAACAGCAGGGACGAGGUUUAGAUCUAGUGCAUCCUCUGCUAGCAAGCGCUUGUGUUUGUUGUCUGAAUGGCAUCCAUGGAGACCAGUGUCUUCCAGGAGCCAUGUUCACAUGUCCUUUCUGCUUCUGCCUGUUGUGCAUCUCAGGACUGCAGCCUCAUAAGAAAGCAAAGGAGCUCUACUGGUUUUAACGACCUGCCUGGCUAUCGCCUCGCACCCCCCCCCCCCUCCAGCGAGUCCGAAUAAAGCUCGGGAGAGCUGGAGACCCGCCCGUCGUGAGCGGGAUCCUCCACCACCUCCCACGCAUGUACCACCAGCACCGGCCUCGCCGGGUGGGGUUAAAAGACAGACAGAAGGACGGCGAGGGCAAAGGAGAGAGCACUCCAGAUCUCUCCAUCCCUCUUCUUCUCUUUCUCAUCCUUCCAUUCUCUCCUAGCAGCUGUUUUGCGUGCGUGGUAACGCCAGACCCUCCCUGCUCCUCACACAGACGGAAGCGAGGCUCCAGAGACUUUGAAAAGAAACAGCUCACCCUGGACAGAAGGGAAACAAUAUACGCACAACAGAGACGCAAACAUAUAAUCAAAGAAGAAGACAGGCCGGAACGUGCUGCAGCCGUUCGUGUUACGUGUGGUACGAGUCCAGGAACGUAAAUCACUCUGAGGCCGUUCUGUUGCUGUUUGAUUUUUUCUUUUCAUUUUUAAGCCGUGUUUUGGUUUCUACAUAUUUAAGUGCGUUUUUAAAUUGCUCUUCUUUUCUGAGGAGGGGUGUGGCCCAGAAACAAAUAAUUUUGAGGAAAUAUUAGUUAGAAAAAUAUAUUUUUAUGUGCUAUUUUUCAUGUAUGCAUCUGCUGUGUAUAAAAUAUGGUCACUGUUAUUUUUGUUUCUUUCUAAACUUUGAUGUCUGUCAAUAUUUGUACUGUAGUAUUUGGCAUCUAUUUAAUUUAUAUUUAAAUUCAAUAAAACCCUUUUCAAUUUAAUACAA